CAGGUACACUGGAUAUUCUCGCUGGGUUUGAAGAGGGAGGAGAUGAAGAGGAAAAACCUUAAGGGCAGCAAGGCAACACAAACCUUAUAAAGACGGAGGCACACCCUGCCAGCGCCUCAGUUCAGCUCUUCCCCCUGACAGCGACAGCAGCACCUGGCAGUCGUCAUGCUCAGCCUCAUCAAGUUACCACGAGUCUUCACCAUCAAUCAAGUGCCCAAAGUUUUUCACGAGGACAGCAUCAUCUCUGGCUACCGGCACCCCCGCAGCUCAGCCACCGACUGCAUCCUGAGCCUCUUCCAGCUGACCAAUGAGACGCUCAACAUCUGGACACACUUUCUGCCCACCUGGUAUUUCCUAUGGAAAGUGGUGACGGUGGUGCUGAUGCAGACAGCAUGGCAGGACUCCUUCAUCUGGCCUCUGGUGGUCUUCCUGCUCACCUGCUGCAUUUAUCCGCUGGCAUCCAGCUGUGCUCACACCUUCAGCAGCAUGUCGGCGCGGGCACGCCACAUCUGUUUCUUCUUUGACUAUGGCGCCCUCAGUUUCUACAGCCUGGGGUCGGCAAUCAUCUAUUCAGCUUAUGUUUUUCCUGACAAAUGGGUGAACAGUUUGUUCCACCACUGCUACAUCCCCAUUGCUGUGUUCAACAGUAUCUUCUGCACCAGCGUUGCCUGCUACUCCAGGCUUGGCUUACCAUAUCUGCAAUACAAUCAUGACAUCGUGAAGAGAUUCCCUGAGAGCCAGAGUCCAAAGUUCAGCAAAUAUCUCCGUGUCAUGGCCUUCGCCUACCCCUACCUGUUUGACAACAUUCCUCUGUUCUACAGGAUGUUUCUGUGUGUAGGAGAGGGCUGCACAGACAACGAUACCAACCUCCUGCACUACAACCACAUCGCCUUGGCGUUCCUCACAGGCUUCCUGUUUGCCACACAUUUACCUGAGCGCCUGGCACCUGGCAGCUUCGACUACAUAGGUCACAGCCAUCAGCUCUUCCACGUUUGCGGCAUCCUCGGCACACACUUCCAGAUGAAGGCCGCUGAACAGGACAUGUUGACGCGGCGCCCGUGGCUCCUCGAACACUCUAUACCCGUCACCUUUGCCAACUCAGCGGGUGUAGCACUUCUUUGUGUGGUGGUGAAUCUGACGAUCAUCCUCCUCUACAGUCUACCUCUCCUCUCUGCUCCCGUCUGCCAAGAAAAGAAACGUGAUAAAGGUUCGAAGAAAGCCUCAGCCAAGGUCAGCCCCUGCUGCUCAACCUCUGGCUUCAUAAGUCACAGCUGAGGGACCCCAUGCUACAGACACGUGAAAAGAGUGCAUUAUGGCUGUUACACACUGCCUUUUGAAAGUUUGGAAUCGCCUGCCACAAAAGCUUGAUUUGGUCCAACAGCUGAGAGGACUACUCUAUACUUUUGGAUGCUGUUCCAUGCUUUUAGGUCAUAGAAAGUCUGCUUUACAAAUAGCUGAUAUUUUUGUAUGAAAGGUGUAUUUUGGAGAACAAAGAGCUGUACAGUGGUUCCACUAGACUGAAAACUGAAAGGGCAGAAAGAGACAAAGAUACCUCGGAGCAUCAAUUUAAUAAUAAAAGAACAAAUUAUCAGUCAUUGCUAUAAAAAAUGAAAGCUUAGCAUCAAAAUGUGUUUGAAUUUAAACGGGAACGGGUUCCUGUAUCAGUGUUAAGUGCACAAUAACGCCCGUAACAAGCUGGAGAAGGUUACUUUAGGUUUUGCACUGAAAAUAUUACAAACUGUCAAAUCACAGUUUAGACUAGGGAUGCAGGAUAUAAUUGGUAUGCCAUCGGUGUCGGCCAAUAUCGGUUAUAAAAUGUUGAAUCAGCCAACAUGCUUUUUCUUAUUUUGCAAAAUUAAUGAAUAUUAGAUACAUGGAAAAGCACUGUAUUUAUGUUUUCAUCUGCUGCAUUAUCUGCAUGAUAAUUCAUGAUAUGAUGUUAAUUCCACGACAGAAAAGACUUGGUAAUCACUAAAAUUAGAUGGGGAAAAAAAGUGGAUAUAUCAAUAUCGGUAUCGGUUAUCGGCCAAAUGAGUUGUUAUGUUUCGGCAUAUUGGAUAAAAAAAAUCCAGAAUUUUGUAUUCCUUGUUUGAACCUAUUAAAUCCAACCACUAAGUAGACUGCAAGGGCCCCCAAAAGACAUGUUUGUAAAAAUAUUUAGAGCCCAGUUGCACUGGUUCAGUAAUGAUCAAGGGUGGCUUUGACUUUUCUGGACUGGAAAAAAAAACAUUUCUAAAUCAAAGUUACAACAGUAUUCUCCCCUGUCAGGCGACACUGUGGGGACAUUGAUUAUAUGGCAGUUUCAAUCACUUUAUUCUUCUUUUGGGGUUAAAAUGGUUUAAAAUAUAAAUAAUACAUUUUAUGUCUAUUCGGUUUUUAUCUCUGUCAAAGGUUGAGUGUGUAGAAUUUAGUGGCAAGCUGCGGUGCUGAACUGAAACUUCUCCCGUGUGCCAAGCAGGAAGAAAACUCCGGUGGCUGACACAAAAACGCAGAUGGCUCUGUCUAGAGCCAGUGUUUAAAUGUGUCUGCUCUGGGCUACUGUAGAACAACACGGUGGAAGAGGAGCAGGUCCCCAGGAACACCGCUCAGCCGUGCUCCGAUAUUUUUGCCAGUGGCAGCGCGCCAUUGUGGUGGAAAAAAUCCUCUGUGGCCCAAAAAUCUUUUUUCUUAUAGACCACCAUUGUAAAAGAGACGCCUCUAAAACUCGAACACCUCGAACUGCAAACAAGGUCAAAUCUGAAUCUGUCUUUCUGAAUUUUUGAACCAUGAAAGUUAUGCAUUUGUAAAACUUUUAGCCGAGAAAAGUGAUUUAAAAAUGUGUGUUAUCAUCACAAUGUAAAAUCUUUGAGCAACUUUUUCGGGGGCCUAGGCGCAACAGUGUAAAAAGAGAUCUUUCACCUUAAAAAAAAAAGCUAGUGUUGGGGCUGCCUUAAAAUUUUCAAUUAACUGAAUUUGACAAAACAAGUUAAGGUAAUUUUUGUAACUUCUGAAAAUUACUCAGCUUAAAAAUUUAAGGUAGCACAGACACUAACUUUUUAAAGUUAAAACAAUUAGUUUCUUUUUACAGUGCAUCUUGGUAUCCUGUAUCUAGUCUGUGAAAAGGAACCGUUCCUUAUGUAGAUUAAAACGGCUUAUUCUAGGUAACGAAAACACAGCAAUUCUUAUUUUCAGGUGAUUAUAAACUGAUUUACGUAUUUAAAAACAUAUUUAUUUUCUGUCAGUAGUUCUCCCUAAACUUUACACUUUAAACCUUUUAAAAUACACAUCAAUACAACAGGUGAUUCUAAACUUUUAAUGGCAGUGUAAAACACCUUUAAGAGAUGCUCCUGAGCUUUGAGGAUCCAACUGAAUGGUAACAUGCAGUCUGCACUGAACUCAAGGUGGUACUACGCCCUCAGACAUCGCUGAGAUGACUACUGUUACACAUGAGGAUAAAACAAUGAAAAUAAGGACGUAAAUUGCACAUGGAUACAAUGAAAAUUUAACAAAAUGCUUUGAAUGUGGUAUAUUGGCUACAUUAUGAGGCAGUUUGUUUAUAAAAAAAAUAUUUGCUUUGAAUAUUGGUUUGAUAUCUGAUUUCCACACGUGUGGGGUAUGAAGAGACUGUCAGCUUCAAAGAACAAAAAUGAUAUAAAAUCCAAAAUGCAAAUUUCACUUCCAAUUUCAAAUUGAAGCGCUGCGUUAACACACUGUGCCUUUUGAUAAUAGUGCUUGUACUCUAUUGGAUUGUACUGUCACUCAUAAAAAACACGUCAAGACAAAAGAUACAGUCAUGACAAGGGAAGAAAAAUGUUUUGCUCUUGAGUUUGAGCUGCCUGUAAAGUAGCAGCUCCAUAAAUUAUUGUUAAUGUAUGAUAUAUGUGAUACAGAGAAAAUGUUUUCAGAGUAGUUUAUCUCCCUCAUAUGAUUGCUGUUUCUGUCCCUGUAGCCCUUUGAGACAUGCCAAAGUAAAAAAAGUAUUUAUAUACAAUGUUAUUUAUUAUUAUUUUUAAAAUAAACUAUUAACCAAA